AUGACGACAAACAACACCAAAAUCAUUAUUUUUGGAUCUCUUACCGUUGGGAAAACGACUAUUGCCGCUCAAUUGGAAUUAGGUAGAUUUGUACAACCCUACAACCCAACUUUUCAACACACUUUUUAUGCUAAAAUAGAAGUUGAUGGUUAUUCUUAUAAAUUGGAAAUACUAGACACUGUCGACUUAGAUAUAUACAAUACAAUUAGAGAUAUCCAAAUUAGUACCGCAGAUGGAUUUUUAAUAGUAUACUCAAUUACAGACAGAAAUUCUUUUGAUGAAAUUGAUCAUUACAGAAAUACCAUUUACACAAUACUUAACAAAACGCACAAAGAACACGUGCCAAUUGUAUUGUGUGGUAAUAAAAGUGAUUUGGAGAGUGCAAGAAUUGUUCCCAUUGAAGAUGGCGAAAAAAUUGCUGAAGAAUGGAAAGUUUCCUUUUUCGAAACAUCUGCAAAAAGUAGAAUAAAUAUAGACGAAGUUUUUCAAGAGGUGGUGAGAAAUAUUAUCAAGACUAAGUCCAAUCAAAAACUAUAUGGUACCAAUAAGCACAAAAAGUGUACAUGUAUAUAUAGAUACAAAAUAGAAUGCGUGCAAGAAACUUAA